CAGAAACUAAUCUACACAUUUACAAUUUGAAAAAAAUUCUGAUGUAUACUAAAAUUGUAACAUGGUUUAGUAUAAUUCUCAUUGUUUUAUGUUUAACAAUGAAAAAUGUUGAUUCUAUCACCUGUUAUGCAUGCGAAAAUUGUGUCAGUGUAGAUGGAAGUACUCCAACUGAAACCAACUGUGGAGGAUGUGUUAAAACUGGAGUGCCAAAAAUCUACGUAAAACGAUACUGUGCGCCCAAUUGUACAGAUAUUGCUACUAAUUUCCCAAUUAAAGAUCUUUUAUCAUGUUGUUCAACUGAUCUCUGCAAUAAUUCAAGACAACUGAAACCAUUUAUUAUUGUAGGAUUAAUAGUUUAUUCUGUAUGGUAUAUAUUAACUAGUCAUUAAUUGACUUAGGACUUGAAUUUUACAUCUUAACAAAGUGUCAGAAC